AUGCAAAUUUUUCUUGAGUCAAUUGAUUUAAAAAUUUGGAACAUUGUUGAUGAGGGAUAUACGGCUCCCACUAAAAAGGAUGAAAGCAACAACGAUGUUCCAAAAACUUUAAAGGAAUUUUCGGAAGAAGAAAGUAAAGAAGCAAAUUGGAAUGCUAAGGAUAGAAACUUAAUUACCAAUGCUUUGGGUAGAGAUGAAUAUUUUCGUGUAGCUUCUUGCAAAACCGCAAAAGAAAUGUGGGAUGUGCUUGAAGUAACACAUGAAGGAACUAGUGAAGUUAAAGUCUCUAAAAUUCUAGGAUUUACUAGAGAAUUUGAAUUAUUUGAAAUGAAUGAUGGUGAAACUAUUCAUAGCAUGCAAAAAAGGCUAACCCAUAUUGUUACUCGUUUGGAUGCUUUAGGAGCUUCAUACAAUAAUUUUCAAAUGAUCACUAAAGUCUUGAGGAGCUUGAAUAGGGAUUGGCAACCUAAGGUGACGGCUAUUUAUGAAUCAAAAGAUUUGAAGAAUAUGUCCAUUGCUACACUCUUUGGAAAGCUUCAAGAGCAUGAGCUAGAAUUAGCAAGACUAACUUUGAAGGAGCAAGCCAAGAAGAAAAGCAAAGGAUUAGCUUUGCAAGCCACUAGCUUCAAAUCUCAAGUGGAGGAGGAGAAGGAAAAGGAGCCAUCUGAAGAUGAAUUAGAUGAAGAUGAAAUGAGUUUCUUUGUAAAAAAGUAUGGAAAAUUCUUCAAGAAGAAGAACUUUCAAAGAAGACCUCCAUUUCCUCCAAAGAGAAGAUUCAAGGAUGAAGGAGCUUCUCAACCUCCUCACACAUGUUAUGAAUGUGGAAAAACCGGACACUUCAAAGCCGAUUGCCCUAAGCUUCAAAAGAAAGAAAAGAAUUCAAGCUCAUCCGAUGAUUCAAGCAAUGAAGAAGCUAAUGUAUGCUUCUUGCAAGACUCUAAAACCUCAAAUGAUGUAAGCAAAGGAAUGCAACAUAUGUGCUUCAUGACAAUUGAAAAUGGCAAUGAGUCGGAAUCCGAGGUAAACUCCACUUGCUCUUCUAUAUCUCCUUCAUAUGAUGAAUUGCAAAAUCUAUUUGAUGAAUUACAUAGUGAAUCUUUAGAGCAUGUUAAAUCUCUUAGAGAAAUGAGAAAGACCAUUGUCUCCUUAGAAAAACAAAUUGCAUGCUCAAACAAAGAAGUAAAAGAGUUAAAAGAUGAAAAUGAAACACUUAAAUUGAUUGAUGCUAGUACAAAUUGCAUUAAAUGUUUAUCAUUAAAUGAUCAUGCAUCAUCAUCAUCAUGUACUUCAUGUGAAAAGCUAACUAGUGAAAUUGAUGACUUAAACAAUGUGCUAAGCAAGUUUACAUGUGGUAGAGACAACUUAAAUGUAUGCUUAAAGAGUUCUUCAUCUAAAUGGGUAUUGGAUAGUGGUUGCUCAAGACAUAUGACGGGAGACAUUACCAAAUUUCUUUCAAUUACAAGGAAGGAUCAUGGACAUGUAUCUUAUGGAGACAAUAACAAAGGAAAGAUCCUUGGCAUUGGGAAAGUUGGUAACUCCUCAUCAACUUGUAUAGAAAAUGUUUAG